AUGAAGCCAAUCAACUUGUUGAAUAAGUUACAAUUUCAUGAGAUGAAUGUUCUAGAUGUUGCCAAGUCAAUUGGUCAAGAUGAAGUCAAGACUAUUGCUCUCAAGGCCGAACCAAGCAAGACGGUUGAAACAAGUGAGAAGCCGUUAAAGCAAAAGAAGAAAGUUGAGUCAAGUGAUGGAGAUAGCACCGAUGAAGAAAUAGCCAUGAUGAUGAAAAACUUCAAGAAGUUUAUGAAGAAAAGAAACUUCAAGAAAGGGAUCAAACAAAGAAAAUGCUAUAAGUGUGGUGAAAAAGAUCACUUCAUAGUGGAUUGUCCUCUCAAUGAUGACAAUGAAAAUAAAGACAAGAAAUACAAGGGCAAGAGCAAGGACAAGAGUUAUGACAAAGAGAAAAAGUACAAAGAGAAGAGCAAAGAGUACAAUAAGAAGCAUGGCAAGGCUCAUGUUGGUGAAGAAUGGGAGUCUAUUGACGACUCCGACAAUGAGGGCACGACAUCUCUUGCCUUGCUCUCUACGUCAUCGACACCAAAGCUCUUCAACAACCUCUCCGAUGAUGAAGAUGAAGGCCCUAUGUGCCUUAUGGCCAAAGGGACUAAGGAGAGAAAUCUUGUUCUAGAAGAAUCUUUAGCCAAGAAAAAAGAUAAGGUUGAGAAAUUGGCAAUGGACUUGUCUCUUGCCAAUAACUCAAAUGUGAGGAUGUCAAAGGAUCAUGCCUUGGCAAAUGAUUCACUUGCUAGGUUAAAGAAUGCUUAUAGUGAGCUUCAAGAGAGGCAAUCACGCCUUGCAGAUAUAUACAAAAAUCUUGAAGUGAACCAUAGCACUCUUUGGGAGAGUACCAAGUCUAAUUCCAAAGCUACUAUUGACUCUAAUGCCUCCACUAGCAAAGGGUUCUCUAAAUGUCAUAAUCAUGAUAUAAAUGCUUGUGUUACUAACCUUGCAAAGCUAGAAGAAGCAAUCAAGGCCAAAGAUGCUCAAAUCUACAAGUUGAACAUGCUAGUUGGAAAGGGAAACCUUAAGCCAAAGAAUGAUUUUGAGUCACACCCGGCUUAUAACAUGGCUCAAAGGUUUCCAAGCAUUUAUGAUAGACUUGGCCACACAAGAGGAAACAAUACAAAUUGUUCUAAGAUUGUGAAUGGCAAGUCCAUCCCACGUUGGAAGAAAGGAGCAAAUCUUGAUGAUUUAAUGCACAUGGCUCACCAUGGCACAAAGAUGAGUGUUGACCAAGAUAAGAACAAGGUUGAGAACACAACGAAAGUCAACAUAACCAACAAGAAUGUGUCACCUCCCAUAUCACGCAACUACACUAUUGACUACACCGUGAUGAUUCAAAAUGGGAAGAUGGUGGUCAAGUACAUUGGUGCUCACACAAAAAGGUUGAGGAAUGCAUACUCCUCCGGUGGAAGUGCAUGGUUGAUUGAUAGUGGUUGUUCAAAUCAUAUAACCGGGGAGAAGGACUUGUUCACUUCAUUGCAAACAGAUGAUAUACCCAAAGAAACUAUUGUCUUUAGAGACAAUAGUAAAGGAUAA